AUGUUUCCCUCCGGGUACACAGGUAUCAUUCGAUUUCUUUCUGAACGAGACACCGCUGAUCGAAACUAUGCUUUAUCCUAUUAUAUGAAGGAAAACAAGUGCUUCCCUCCGGGUACACAGGGUCUUCGUGAGGAGCUGGAUCUGUACUUCCAAUUAUGUUCAUUGGAAACAACUUGCGAGACCGCUGCUGUUAUGGCUGCCACUCUGGCUAAUGGAGGUGUAUGCCCUCUGACCGACGAGUUGUGCAUUCAACCCCGUCCAUGCAGAGAUGUUCUUUCUCUGAUGUACUCAUGUGGAAUGUACGACUUUUCGGGCAAAUUUGCUUUCCAGGUGGGCUUGCCAGCGAAAUCUGGAGUAUCUGGAGUAAUGAUCGUAGUGGUGCCAAAUUUGAUGGGAAUCGCCCUCUUUGCCCCACCUUUAGAUAAAAUGGGUAACUCGACCAAAGGGGUAGCCUUUUGUCAGAAACUUAUCGAGUACUUCAACUUCCAUAAUUAUGACAGCUUGCUGCAUGCGGAUUCCAAGAAACACGAUCCUCGACGACGAAUUGGCAAUCGCGACACGGAGCUAGUAGUGUCGCUUCUUUUUGCCGCAAAAAACGGCGAUUUUGACGUUGUUCGACGGUAA